UGAGCCUAGCAAUGUAGUCAACAUCGUGCGUUAAACUCGCAGUGUACGAUCGCUAUCUUGAUGGUCAUUCCGACAAACAUAGGAACGUUGAUAAACGUCUUCAGCUUUACGAAGUGGGUCUUCUACUGGUUCGCCAUGCUAUCUGUCAUCGUGAUGCGAUGGACACGGCCCAACAUGGAACGACCUUUUAAGGUACCACUGCCUAUACCCAUCGUUAUGAGCAUUAUCUCUGCCUACCUGGUCAUCGGGCCGAUUGUGGAGACGCCUAAACCGGAGUACAUUUACUCGAUGCUCUUCAUCCUCGCCGGUCUGCUGCUAUACGUUCCCUUCGUCUUCAUGAGAUGGCGCCUGCCGAUCAUGGGUAAACUAGACGCAAACACGGUUUGCUUAAAGACAUGAGACGAGUCUUAUACAACCGGAGCCUAGAUAGUAUAUUUGUGUCGUUCUCUCGCUUGCGCGCGCUCUCUCUCUCUCUC